GUAACUUUCAUCACAGGCAUGCCCGAUAUCGUCAGCUUACUGUGUAUUUUAUUUCAGAAGUGUCAGUAUUGCUGUAUAUCAGCGAGUUUCCUUUCCGGACGCUCGGAGGCAGCUCAUCUGUCGGAGCAGUCACGUACAUGUGAGGAGGACAGUCUGCUAAGGUUUUGGUGUCCAGGAUAAGGAUGGGGCAGGGGACGUCUGUUCCAGAAGACGUAGAGCAAGCCGUGGAGGUGCUGUCGACGAUCAGCGAUGACAUCGUGCAAAAAGAUGAUACUCCUAUGUAUGCAGCACAAAUCGGCUCUGAACUCCAGAAACAGUUUGCCAUCCUGCCAGGGGGGCGAGGGAUGAAUGGAAGCCCCGUCAUCGUCUUCCCAGAAUUCCCAACUUUCAGCGAGCUAGAAGAGGAGGAGCUCCAAAAUGUCCUCAGCUACCUCACGAGUAUCCCCAGUGUGGAAGCAUCAGGAGUGGGUUUCAUUCUGGUCAUUGACAGACGGCUGGACCGAUGGGCUGCCGUCAGGGCCACCCUGCUCCGCAUCGCAGGUUCAUUUCCCGGGAACUUACACUUGGUUCUGGUGUUGCGUCCCACUACUUUGUUCCAGCGGACUCUGUCGGACUUCCUGUUCAAGUUCAACAAGGAUGAGUUCAAAAUGAAGGUGGUGAUGCUGAGUUCUGUGACUGAGCUCCAUGCGUAUAUCGAUCCAGGACAACUAACCAAAGAGCUGGGAGGCACACAGGAAUACCACCAUGACAGCUGGAUCUCACACCGCACUGCCAUUGAGGCCUUUGCCCUCAUGGUGAAGACCACGGCUCAGACCUUGCAAGCGUUUGGCACUGAGCUUGCAGAGACCGAGUUACCCAACGAUGCUGAGGCCACCACCAUCCUGCUGCAGACGCACACACUGAAAAAGGAUACGAUGAAGGAGGACCUGAGGGUGGCGCAGUCACAAGGAGGACGGCUGCUGGAUUGCAUCAACGAGCCUCUCAAGGCAGACCCUGAAUACAACAUGAUGCAUGAUGAACAGGAAAACUUGGCCACUGUGCAGAGACUCCUAGGUCAGCUGGAUGAGACGGAGACGGCAUUUGACGACUUCUGGGAGCGCCACCGUACCAAGCUGGAGCAGUGUUUGCAGCUCCGCCAUUUUGAGCAGCACUUCCGUGAAGUGCGCGCCCAACUCGAUGUGAUGUCCGAGCGAUUGUUGGGCUUCUCUGAGGUCAGCGUAAGCCCCGCCCAUGCUGAGCACGUCCUCAGAGAGCUCAGCGGCCACGAGGAUAAAGCCCGAGACAUCUUAGACCUCGCCUUGUCCUUGGUCAGUGAAGGUGACAGGCUGAUAGAAAACUCCCACUACGCCGAGGACUCCAUCAGGCCAAAGUGCACCGAACUGAGAGGAGUGUGUGAGGAGAUCAGCUCCAUUCUGAGGAGCAAAAAGAACCUCCUGCUAAGAGCCAUGGAGCUCCACCACGCUCUGGAGAAGGCAUCGCACUGGUGUGAGGAAGGCAUCUUCCUGUUGGCUAACCAGCCAGUGGACCGCUGUCAGUCUCAGGACGGGGCAGAAGCAGCUCUACAAGAACUGGAGCGAUACCUGGAUACAGCAUCCCUGCACACCCUCACUGACAGCAGCGCCAUCUGCUGCCAGUACGAGGCGGUGCUCAACUCUCAGCUCAGGGACCAGAUAGAGAGAGUUUUCCAGAAGCAAAGCUCCGUCCAGGAGAUGUUCGAGAAGAGACGCGUCAGCCUGAAGAAGCUCGCCGCUAAACAGACGAGACCAGUCCAGCCAGUAGCUCCAAGACCUGAAGUCAAGUCUCCGCAUUCUUCUCCCCAUCUAGAGAGAAAAGACAGGAGAUACUCUGCUGAUAACGCCCUCUCCAAAAAGGUGGAGUCUCCUGAACACAACGGUGGCACAAGACAUGCUUCUCUUUCAGAAGAAGAAGAAAACUUGGCAGUGCUUCGCCGUCACGUGAUGAACGAGCUGCUGGAGACGGAGAGAGCUUAUGUCGAGGAGCUGCUGUGUGUGCUGGAGGGCUACGCGGCAGAGAUGGACAACCCUGCCAUGGCUCAUCUCAUCCCCAGCAACCUGCACAGCAAGAAGGACAUCCUGUUUGGGAACAUGCCAGAAAUCUACCAGUUUCACAAGAGGACAUUUCUGAAGGAACUGGAAGCAUACACUGACUGCCCAGAGCUGGUGGGCCGCUGCUUUUUAGAACGGAUGAAGGACCUGCAGAUCUACGAGGCUUACUGCCAAAAUAAACCUCGCUCCGAGAGCUUGUGGAGACAGUGCUCCGACUGUGCCUUCUUCCAGGAGUGCCAGAAGAAGCUGGAACAUAAACUUGGAUUGGACUCCUACCUCCUUAAACCCGUCCAGAGAAUCACCAAGUACCAGCUACUGCUCAAGGAGAUGUUGAAGUACAGCAAGGGCUGUGAUGGUAGUGAUGACCUACAGGAAGCGCUGUCCUCCAUUCUUGGGAUUCUGAAAGCCGUUAAUGACUCCAUGCAUCUCAUUGCCAUCACAGGAUACGAGGGUAACCUGUCAGAGCUGGGUCGUCUGCUGAUGCAGGGCUCCUUCAGCGUGUGGACCGAGCAUAAGAAAGGUCACGCCAAAGUGAAGGACCUGGCCAGGUUUAAGCCCAUGCAGAGGCACCUGUUCCUGCACCAGAAGGCCCUGCUCUUCUGCAAGAGGAGAGAGGAGAACGGGGAGGGCUACGAGAAAGCUCCGUCUUACAGCUUCAAACACUCCCUCAGUAUGAGUGCGGUGGGCAUCACAGAGAAUGCCAAGGGAGACAACAAGAAGUUUGAGAUCUGGUGCAACUCGAGAGAAGAAGUUUUUAUAGUGCAGGCCCCGACACCGGAGAUUAAAACGGCAUGGGUGAACGAGAUCCGCAAAGUUUUGACUCAGCAGCUCAAAGCCUGCAGAGAUGCCAGCCAGCAGAAGAGCUCAGACUCUGUGUCCCCAAAUCCCACCAGCAACAACACUACUUCCAUCUCUCUCAGCCCGUUCCGCAGCAGCGGACAGAAGAACCAGAAGAAGCAAGAGGAGAAGAAGACUGAGCCAGCCCUGACCUCUGACAGCAACUCGUCAUCCUCGCCGAAACACAAAGCCGUUUCUUCCCCUUCAGAGCCGGCACCCCACAUCACUCUGAGCAGAGUCAGAUGGAUGAGCACCUCUAGUCUGUUACAGAGCAAGCGGCGAGGCUGGAACAAGGCGUCUCUCUCAGCGGACGCCUCAGAAGAGAACGAUGGGUACUCCAGUGGCGAGGACCCCAUGAACUCUGACCCUGAGGAUGAAGUAGGAAAGAAGCUGGCUCCAGGAAAGUAUACUGUGGUAGCAGACUGCGAGAAAGCGGGACCUCAGGAGCUGUCUGUUAAGAGUGGAGACAUGGUCCAGCUGAUCAGAGAAGGAGACGAGGGACAGUGGUUCGUAAAGAACCUUCGCACCAGUAAGGAGGGCUGGGUGGCAGCAGCAAACCUCCUUAGCCUCAUCUCAGAAUCCAAGUCAUCUCAAUCACUCAGCAGCUCAGAUGGCAGCGUCUCUGGGAACCUCAGCACUUCUUCCAGCUGCAGUGAGACCUACACCAGCUUCUCCGACAUCAAACCCUGACCUGAGUCAGGUCUUCCCAGCUUUUCCUUUUGUUUUUUGAUUUUUUAAAUCACUGCACCUAAAAUCAUUUUGUACAGGUGGAAAAUGCUUAAAGUACAAAGGAGAAAAAAAGCUGGAGUUUGGUCUGACAGGAGGAGAGACCCCCACCUCACAGUUUAUAAAUCCAUCUGAAAACCAAAACUUUCUCUGCAGAUCAGCCAGCACUGGCUAAGUGCUAACUGCCCCCCCUUUUCCAGAGUAUUUAGAAGAACUGCACUGUCAUUUAAAAUUGUUUUUAUAUUCAAAGGUGUCAGCAUGUUGUUAGAAUUUAAGUAUAGAUUUUUUUUUUUUUUUUGCCGUUCCUUCGAGCGAGAGAGAAAUAUCAGGGAUAUCUGUCAUUCCUCGGCACACAAGUCAUGUGAUGUAUCACCUCCUGCGAGGCCUUCUUUAAAGCUAAAUGUCCGCAGUCUAAUAACUUAGCGAACAGGCAGUCCAGGCCUAGUGAUUAUGUAGCAUUAACGUGGAGAGGUUAGAAAGGACAUCUGCACUAAACACGAGCCGUCCGCAGAGGGGGCAGAACUGCUGGUUAGUCGAGCCCCUUCUAGUCAAUGACGACGUCGUAGCACGGCAACAGAUUCUUGUGCAGGAGGAUGUUAUGUAGACAGACGCCAUCAGACCCCGGAUAACGCCGGCUUUGGUGUCAGUCGCUGAUCGCACACUGUGAAAAGUAGCAGGCGGCCACAAGAGGAAAAAUGCUUUCAGUACAUCUGGGAGGAAAAGUGAGCAGGUUGAUUGCGUGGAGGAGUUUCGUGUUGUUGAAGCUACUAAAGAACGCUGUAUUCCUCACAUAUGGAUAAUGAGCUUCCCUUAAAAGCUGUUUUUAUAAUAUUAAGAGCCGCACACAGUCACUAGGUGAAUGUCACCAACAGCACAACCUGGUGGUCAGGUGUCUUGCACUUCAUUUUAAACAAAUCUUUUUCCACCUGUGAGCGAUUGAGCAACCUGCCGGUGCACUGCUCUGGAUUUUUACCUCUCAGGAAGAUGUUUCUGUCGGCAGACAGGUGUGACUGCAUACCUGUCUUUGUGUCCGUGUGUGUUGACAACAGACAACAGUUCGAUCAGAGUUUUACAGACACAUGUGCAGCCUCUGCUCAAACAGCCGUCGCGGCCCACAUCUCAGUGUUCUGAAUGUAUGUCUGUUUUUUGUGUCACUGUGCUCACCUAUCUUUGGUCUGCACCGCAGCAACAAAAGCAGGCUUUGUCCCCCUCCUCCUCCUCUCUGUGCAACCAGCCCCAUUCAAGCAUGUGACAGUAGCUGCUUCUCCGCAAGCGGGGUUAAUAAUACCACGGCCCGGACCUGCUCGACGUGUUUGCACCUCCGGCCUGAGAGCAAUACUUUGUGUACUUGACACCAAAAUGUAGCUGAGUAAACGUCACAGUUGAGUAACUAGUUUAGAAAAUCUGAUACGUCCCCUGUUUUGAUGUAGAUUGAUGCCAACCGCCUUUGACCACCAGCUGUUCUGCGCGCAACCUCUGAAACCUGUGCUAUUCUGAACACUGAAUGACACCUUGCUUUUUAAAUCUUUUUAAAAUAUAUAUCCCAGGAUUUUUACUGUAUCCACGAGGUACACUGUAAAACAAUCUCUCCUUUUUCCACCUGCGUUGUUGAAUGUGUGACACUGUUUCAAACAGGAAACCAGCUCGACAAAGCCAUGAUUAACAGUUUUCUUUUUUUUUCUUUGAUUUUUUUUUUCCUUAAUUGGACUAAAAUCAGUGCUUGUGAUUGUGAUUGGCUUCUCGAGAACUUGCUGAGAAGCACUUUUUUUCUUUUAAGAUCCUCCCACUGAACGUAAAGGAAGAGGAAACAAACCAGUUUACAGGCCUUUCGAUGUCAAACUGUGAGCUAAACUGUGGCUUGCAUAGCUGUGCGUCCACGUGCUGAGAAAUAAAUGUUACACUUGUACAGAUGUGUCCUCUUAUACCUCACACUGUUCCCCCUGAAGAGCAUGUAUAUUGUUAAGAGGAGUCUCUCUCUGUCUCUCUGUAUAUCAUCACUCUGUGUGGCAUGUACUUCAUAAGCCCCAUGCUGUAAACCUCCUGGAGAACUAUUUUUUACCUGUUGUACAUUGUGAGAGUUUAUUUUCUGCCCUCUUGAGAAAGCUGACAUGGGCACUAAAGUUGUCAGUUUUUUUUUUUGUUUUGUUUUUUUGGUCACCCAAAUAAAAUCCUACUGUGUAAUUUGUACUUUUUUGACUCAGAGGCUGGAGACAUGAGAAAGGAUUCUAUUUUUUAAGUUUGUUUUUAUGCAGCACAUUGCAGCACCCACUGUCUUUAUUUUCCUAUUGCACAUCUGCUGAAUAUGCUGUUGAUAUAACAGCAUAUUAUGAUUUAAAACUUGUUACAAGACAUAUCCAUGUACAUUUGUAAAUAUGUAAUUCUGACUUGUAUGUAAAUUGAAAAGCAGCUUUAAUAAAGUCUGAAAUGGUUUCCUCUAUUGAA